AUGUGUCUGUCUAAUCUAGACUCCCGUCUAGUCUUUUUCACCAUCUUUCAUUCUCCCAGUUCUUUCUUCUUUCCAUUUAGUUUCUUUCUUUCUAAAGUCUUUUUCAUUCUCAGUCUCUCCCAUCUUUUUUCAUUCUCUUUCUUUCCCAGCAUUGGAGAUUUCCAUUUAGUUUCUGGUUCUUUCUUCAUUGUCCAUUCUCUUUCUCUCAGUAGUGGAAAUUUCCAUUUUUUCUUUGUUCUUUUUAAAGUCAUUCAUUCUCUUUAUCUCCCAGAAGUCUUCUUUUUCAUUCUCUUUCUCUCAGUAGUGGAAUUUCCAUUUUCUUUCUGGUUCUUUCUAAAGUCUUUCAUUGUCCUUCUCCUUCAAACUGUUUUCUUUAACAUUUUUCUCUUUUCAUUCUCUUUCUCCCAUCUUUUUCAUUCUCUUUCUCUUUCUCUUCCAUUUCUAGCAGUUUCUGGUUUCCAUUUAACUCUCAUUCUUUCUGGUUUCUUUUAUUCUGAGUCUGUUAAUAUCUAUCUAUUACAGUCUGUUCAUUAUCUAUCUAUCUAUCUAUCUGAUAUAAUGGAAUACUCUGUUAAUAUCUAUCUAUCUAUCUAUCUAUAUCUAUCUAUCAAAUAUAUGGAUAUAUAUCCUAUCUACAUCUAUGUCUAUCUAUGUAAAUAUAUGAAAAAAAAAUAUACGGAAAAAACAAACAAAAUCCUUCUAUCUUUCUAUCUAUCUAUCUAUCUAUCUAUCUAUCUAUCUAUCUAUCUAUUACAGUCUGUCCAUUAUCUAUCUAUCUAUCUAUCUGCCAGUCUGUUAAUAUCUAUCUAUCUAUCUAUCUAUCUAUCUAUCUAUCUAUCUAUCUAUUACAGUCUGUCCAUUAUCUAUCUAUCUAUCUAUCUAUCUAUCUAUCUAUGUAAGCAAAUAUAUGGAUAUAGAUCCGACAGUAUGAAGAAAAAUAUAUACGGAAAAAACAAACAAAAUCCUUAUCUAUCUAUCUAUCUAUCUAUCUAUCUAUCUAUCUAUCUAUCUAUUAGGAAAAGAGAGAAAAUUUCUUCGUGUGACUUAACUGUCUUGAAUUUCUUCUUUUUGACCUCCUCUUUUCAGAUUUCUUUCUUUGAGUUGGGAAAAUGUCAUUUAUCAUCUUUAUCAUCUCUCUCUCUCUAUCUCUCUCCCCCUCUCUCUCUCCCCUCUCUCCCCCUCUCUCCCCCUCUCUCCCCUCUCUCUCCUCUCUCCCCUCUCUCUCUCAACAUCUCUCUCCUCUAUCUCCCCCCUCCCCCCUCUCCCCCUUUCCCUCUCUCUCUAUCUCUCCCCCCUCUCUCCCGCUCUCUCUCUAUCUCUCUCUCCCCCUCUCUCUCCCCUGCCUCUCUCUCUCUCUCUCUCUCUCUAUCUCUAUCUCUCAUGUUAUAA